GAACUUGAACUCGGAGAGGAAGCAAGCAGCCCACUUCCUAUCGUCAUGGUAACAGCAUGUGAAUGUGUUGAGGCAGAGCGGUGAGCUAGAGAGAGACAGCGAUAGAGUGGGAACAGCAUCACACAGCACAGCUCGGUCUCCAGAGCGAAUGAAAGGAACAGCUUGAAGGAGCUAAUGGAAUAUCUCUGCAACAGAUUCAUGGGAAAGUGCUGAACUAAAAUCAGAGAUGGAAAACACAACCUUGGUUUGUUCUGCCCAAGGCUGGUGCGGCCCGAACGUUUCCACCUUUUCAUCCGAGUGGGAUGAUAACGUCAACUCCUUUCUGAUGGCACCUGACGUGAUCAAACCCCCUCCACAGUUCCAGGAUCCAGAGGAGCCGAGCCAGGCAUCACCCACUAACUCCGCUGCCGUGAUAAGACGAAAUAAAGAUUGCUUGAGCUCCAUGAAGAAAGAGCGUAGGAGUCGACCAGCCAGUAACAUAGAGCUCCACAGACGCUCCUUGUCACUUUCCACCACUGUCAACUCCAACCCAGGUGUGGCCCGGCGCCGGUGCGAAAGCUAUGCACUUUCAUAUCCCAGCAGCAGCUCAGAGGACAGCGGCAGCGACAGCACAUCUGCCAGGAGGGGAGAUCGACUUCCAGAUGCAGUGCCGCGAUCUAGGUCCCGGAGCAUUAUCCUCAAGAAGGCCAAAAGGAAACCGGCUCCACCUGUGCGAACAGUAUCAUUGCAAAGGCUCGCGGCGGAGCAGUAUUCAGAACACAAAUUACAGGGGCUUCUGAAUAAAGACGCCCAAAGCAUCAUGAUACUGCCAGAUCUCAUUCCAACCUCAAAGCAAGAAGUUGCUAAGUCCAAGAAACCAACUCCCACAGCUGAAGCACCUGGCAAGGCACUGAAGACAUCUGUCUCUUCUCACCGAGCACUAAAUGAGCUUCGAUCCAGCGAACCAUGCAAGUCGGGCUUGGGCCCCUCUGUGGCAACUCCGAUAAACGAAGGUAAUUCUGAAAUAAACACAUCCCCGUCUUCUUCCCACUCCUCGCCCUCCCAGCCUUCCAUCUCUUCUCCUUCCAAACGCUUCGGGUCGAACUCUCCGUCGAGUGGCUAUGCAAGCCAAUGCGAAACACCCACUCAAUCAGUCCUGUCCUCAGUUACCGCAGGAUCUUUUCAACUGGGCUGCAGAAUGCGCCAUAAGCCUUCCAGUGUUAUUCCUGGCCAAAGGGCAAAAAACCGCAAUGCAAGGCUAUCUCUUCAGCUUCCUGAACUUAAGCAGCACACUCCUGAUCCAGAACCGGUUCAGCCGAAAGCAAACCGCCGCUACUCGGACAGCAUCGAAGCCACCAGACCCAAGCAAAGGAUGAGUAACAGUUUGUUAGUCAUGCCCGUGGUUACUCAGGAGGACCUGAACAACGUGCGUUUGCGCGCGGUCAGCAGCUCCGAUCUUGAGAAUGCACAGGAAAUUACAACUGAUGUUAUUGAGGAGGAGAUUGAAAGGGGUGGAAGCUCUUUCAGCCCUACAAACAAUCAAAAAGCCAAACCUCCAGUGGCUCCCAAGCCCCAGAGAAAUAAAUGGCCACCCAAUGCCAUGGUACAGCCACGUUUUGGAACGGCUUCUGAUCCAGAACCGCCAACAGUCACAGCCAGUGAGAGACCAGAAGACAUUUACGCAAUGAUCAACAAAUCAAAACCCACAGUGACUGUACCAUCACAAGGUACUGAGCGAACACAUCAUCAGAAGCAGCAGAAGGACUGCUACUUUUUGGAAGGACAUUCUCCACAGCCGAUGAGAGAGUCCCGUCAGCCACAACCCCCAUGCACUUUUGAACCACAGAAUCCAAAUGUGCUCCCCUUUGACACGACCACCUGUUCUAACCAAUAUGAACUUCAUAAAAAGAGAAGAGCCCCGCCGCCUCUGACAAAGACACCAGCUGUGGACAAUUCACUUUAUUAUAACUCGGCUGCUCAGAAAAGCUCAGACGAUGCCCAGUCUCCAGAUAAACUCUGCAAGUCUCCGAAGUCUCCAAUCUCUGCAAGUCAAUAUCAUGUUACCCUUUAUGGUGUCAUUCCAUCUUACCCUAUGGUCAUUGAGCAACAGCACUCAAAUGCACCAGAUCAUUCAACUUAUGAUGUAGAGAAGAGGGACCGAACGCCCGACCUUGGACCUCUACAACUGGUAGGAGAGGAAGACGAUGUGUUUCUUUACAAGUCCAAAUCUCAAACGACAGAGGACCUAUUCACCAUAAUUCACAGGUCUAAAAGAAAGCUCCUGGGUCGUAAAGACUCCUUCGAAAAUAAGCAGGGUGAUGGUGACCCUGGCACUCAGACACUCGGCAGUGGAGCUUCCAAAAUCAGUUCUCAAAAUGACAACUUCAUGGCUUUUCUGAGAAGGACAAGAAGUGCCAAGGCUAGUUGCAGUGAACGAAUCUCAGCCACAGAGCUCCUCAGAAGCUCCAAGCCCACGGCUACCAUCACGGCAAACAUGACGCACUACAAAAAUAGCUAUGAACAGUCACACGGUCCAUAAAGCAUCUUUUUGUUCACAGUCAUGUUUUAUAUCUAAACUACUUUGUGACAAAUGCCAUGUUAAAGUCUCUGAAAUAAUAUCGAAGUAUCAAGAAAUUGGCUUGUAAAUAUUCGCUUUUUUGUUUUGAAUAAGAUCUAAAGUAGAGCUUUAAGAAGUUAAAACGUAUAUCUUCCUGAAGCACGUAUGUUGUUUUGAAUGAUAACAGAAUGAUUCACUUUUGUAAAUUCAAAUAUAGCUUUAUGUGUUAAUGUAAAUAUAAAUGUUUUAAGAGUUGAGAUGCUAUCCA